GUUCAUAAUAAAGGUGCUAAGAAAGAAUGUAAGACAGGAAAAUAAAUAUUUUUACUGAGAGUUCAAGAACCAAUACUGAGUGACUGCCUCCUGCCAAUUGCUGUGCUGGAACUGGGAAGAGACACAGGCGAAAAGAUGACUUCUUCCACUUCAGUGGGCUGAGAAUUCUGUGGGCAGAGGGAAGGUAAAGAUGAACAGUCUCUUCAACAGGCCACGUUAAGAGGUGUCUUGUAUUCCCUGUUGCCAGUGGCUGGAACACAAUGGAUCACGCGGGGGCCUUAGACACCGAGGACGAGUUGGGACCUCUAGCCCAUCUUGCUCCAAGUCCUCAAAGUGAGGCCGUGGCUCACGAAUUCCAGGAACUCUCCUUGCAGUCCAGUCAGCACUUACCGCCUCUGAACGAAAGGAAGAAUGUGCUCCAGCUGAGGCUGCAACAGAGGAGGACAAGAGAACAACUAGUGGACCAGGGCAUCAUGCCACCUUUGAAGAGCCCAGCAGCAUUCCAUGAACAGAUAAAAAGCUUGGAACGAGCCAGAACUGAGAACUUUUUGAAACACAAGAUUCGGAGUCGACCAGAUCGUUCUGAACUUGUCAGGAUGCACAUUUUAGAAGAAACAUUUGCAGAGCCGUCCCUGCAGGCUACUCAGAUGAAGUUGAAAAGAGCUCGACUAGCUGAUGAUCUGAAUGAAAAGAUUGCUCAAAGGCCGGGGCCCAUGGAGCUGGUGGAGAAGAACAUUCUUGCUGUGGACUCCGGUGUCAAGGAGGCGAUGAUAGGCGUUGGGAAGGAGGACUAUCCCCACACUCAGGGUGAUUUCUCAUUUGACGAAGACAGCAGCGAUGCUUUAUCUCCAGACCAGCCAGCGAGCCAGGAGUCGCAGGGCUCAGCCGCGUCCCCAAGUGAGCCAAAAGUUAGUGAAUCCCCAUCUCCUGUGACUACAAACACUCCAGCCCAGUUUACUUCAGUGUCCCCAGCAGUUCCUGAAUUCUUGAAAACUCCUCCAGCCGUGGACCAGCCUCCCACAAGGUCCACAGCUCCUGUCCUCCCCACGAACACUGUGUCCUCAGCAAAGCCUAGCCCAGCACUGGUAAAGCAAAGCCAUCCCAAGAAUCCAAAUGACAAACACCGUAGCAAAAAGUGCAAAGAUCCCAAACCACGGGUAAAGAAGUUAAAGUACCACCAGUACAUUCCACCCGAUCAGAAAGGUGAGAAGAACGAGCCACAGAUGGACUCCAACUACGCCCGCCUGCUCCAGCAGCAGCAGCUGUUCCUACAGCUGCAGAUCCUGAGCCAGCAGCAGCAGCACUACAGCUACCAGACCAUCCUGCCUGCACCAAUCAAAAAUGACAAAAAUAACAGUGGGAAUUCAUCUUUGAACAAUAGCAUGCCCGGCACCCAAAGGCAGAAUCCACCUGCUCCUGUGAGAAAGCCAGGACCUCUACCCUCCAGCUUGGAUGACUUGAAGGUAUCGGAACUGAAGACAGAACUAAAGUUGAGGGGUCUGCCAGUGUCGGGCACCAAACCGGACCUCAUUGAGCGCCUGAAACCCUACCAGGAGGUGAACAGCAGCAGCCUUGCCACUGGCAGUAUUGUGGCAGUGUCAUCAUCGGCCAUCGCCACCAGUAACCCGGAAGUCACUGUGGCAUUGCCAGUCACAACCCCACAUAAUGCUGUGACUAGUUCAGUCUCCACUUUCAAGGCAGAAGUGCCAUCUGUUGCACCUAGCAACGUAACCCACGUUGAAAACAUUCAUUCCCCUCUGCCAAUCUCCCCAUCACCCUCCGAACAGUCCAGUCUGAGUACUGAUGACACGAACAUGGCAGACACCUUCACUGAGAUCAUGACCAUGAUGUCUCCCUCACAGUUCUUGUGCUCCUCUCCCUUGAGGGUGGUAAAUCACGAGGACAGCCUGAGCCCCACCAGCAGCACUCUGUCAAACCUGGAACUGGAUGCUGCCGAGAAGGAUCGCAAGCUUCAGGAGAAGGAGAAGCAGAUCGAAGAGCUAAAAAGGAAACUGGAACAAGAGCAGAAGCUCGUGGAGGUUCUGAAAAUGCAACUUGAGGUGGAAAAACGAGGGCAGCAGCGGCCACCCGAACCACAGCCCGGUGCCCCUGCUCACCCCGUCACUGCAGAUCAGAAACAUGGCAACCUGGGUUCCUCCAUCAAGGAUGAGGCCUCGCUCCCUGACUGCUCCAGCCCCCGGCAGCCUGUGCCUGUGACCAGCCAUGCUGUAGGCCAGCCCAUCUCUACAGGUGGCCAGACCCUUGUUGCCAAAAAGGCUGUAGUCAUCAAGCAAGAGGUCCCCGUGGCUCAGGCAGAACAGCAGAGUGUGGUCUCACAGUUUUAUGUGAGUUCCCAGGGACAGCCUUCCGCCAUUGUCGCUCAGCCCCAGGCUUUACUGACCACGCAGACUGCUCAGCUACUGCUCCCGGUGUCCAUCCAGGGCUCGAAUGUCACCUCAGUGCAGCUCCCAGUAGGCAGCCUCAAACUCCAGACUCCACCACAAACAGGAAUCCAGACUCAGCCUCAGACAGCAACUGCUACACAAAUACCAACUGCGGCCCUGCCCUCAGGCCUGGCCCCGUCUGCACCUCAGAAACAGGAGGCUUUCCCACAGCACGUGCUCAGCCAGCCCCAGCAAGUCCGAAAGGUUUUCACAAAUUCAGCACCAAAUACCAUUCUUCCAUAUCAGAGACCACCUGUGCCCACGGUCCAGCAGCCCUUUACCAAUAAGGCCUCCAAUAGCGUUCUUCAGACCAGAAACACUCCGCUUCCAUCCCUGCAAAACGGACCCAACGCUCCCAACAAGCCUAGCUCACCCCCUCCACCCCAACAAUUUGUCAUCCAGCACUCUCUGUUUGGGACCUCAGUCACCAAGGCAAAAGACCCACCGCGCUAUGAAGAGGCCAUCAAGCAGACACGCAGUGCACAGUCAUCCCUUCCAGAGAUUUCCAACGCACACAGUCAGCAGAUGGACGACCUCUUCGAUAUCCUCAUAAAGAGUGGAGAGAUUUCCCUACCUAUAAAAGAAGAGCCUUCCCCGAUUUCCAAAAUGAGGCCAGUGACAGCCAGCAUCACCACCAUGCCAGUCAACACAGUGGUGUCCCGACCACCACCCCAAGUCCAAAUGGCACCACCUGUGUCCUUAGAACCUAUGAGCAGUUUGUCCACCAGCUUAGAGAACCAACUAGAAGCCUUCUUGGACGGAACUUUACCUUCAGGCAGUGAAAUUGCUCCACUACAAAACAGCAGUGAAGACAGGGAACCCUUUUCCCUGAUUGAGGAUCUCCAGAAUGAGCUGCUGAGUCACUCUGGCAUGCUGGGCCACGCACACUCACCCAUGGAGACCUCCGAGGCCCAGUGUGCCGCAGGGGCUCCCUGUCUGUCUCUCGACCUCUCAGACUCCCACUUGGACAGCAUGGAGUGGCUGGACAUUACCAUGCCCAACACAUCCUCGGGGCUCACUCCUCUCAGCACCACUGCGCCAAGCGUGUUCUCUGCAGACUUUCUAGACCCACAGGACCUCCCGCUGCCAUGGGACUAAGGUCACAGGCUGCUUGUCUCAGAAUUCAUGAGGUUUCAGAAUAUGAAGAUUCUAAGAGGUCAGUUUUUAGAGAUAGACCCACAGUUGCAUUGUUGCAAUUAAACCAUGUUAUAGAAAGAGUAGCUAAGAAGGUCAAGGCCUGGAAACCAAAUUUGAAACAUUUCACUGCCUUCAGCAGUGAAUCCCUACAGUUUAACAUGGCACAGGGCCUUCUGAACACACUAGUCCAACACAGCUCAUCUGGUUCUCCAGACUGCAGUAAAGAAUGAAAAACACCUUUAGAUACAGACAUAAGGAAGGGUAAGGCAGGCAGGAAUACGGCACUAAGAUUCUCUGGUAAUCAGCUACAUGUAAACCUCUGUGUCACUGUGACCCUAAGUAGAACGCAGACAGCUCCACUCACAAACCAAGGCUGCAGUGAGGGAGAGGAGUGGUCUCUGCAGGACGUACUUCCUAGCAGUGGCCUGAGCCAACCCCGGCACAGUGGGAGUGCUGCCUAGCUCCUGGCAGCUUCCAGAGGAAGACUUUUCUCCAUACAGAAACCUAUGUGAUUUUUUUGUGUUGUAGCUUAUUUUGCGAUUUUUGGAAUCUUACUUUAGAAUUCCAAAUUUAAAUGGAAGCUCUUUCACCAUAACCAUAUGUCUACAAAAUAUCAUCAUAGACAAUCCACUGUAAAAAGUCCAGGUAUAUUGAUAACACUGAAAAUUCUAUUAGCAACCCUCUCGGUUGAUUAGAUUGGUUUUAAUGUGUAUAUUAGGCAUUUAUAUGUACACUCCGACUUUGUGAUUUGUAUCGCUGACAUUAGGGUAAGGAAAUGGAUAUCCAAUGGUCCUACUUUUAAUAACUCAAAUAUUUCUAGAGUACUUGAGCCACAUGUAUUUUCAUAUUUAAAGAAUUGCUGACUAACUUUCAGGUAACCAGACCCAUCUCAGUGAACCAAGAAAAGGCUUUAGCAUGAAAUAUCUUUCUGAGCUGGUGAAUUAGAAGAAUGGAAGGUAAGGGGGAAGUCUUUUGUGAAUCCAGGACAUUCCCACAAGUACAAGUUAGACUGUGUCAUGAGCUCGGCCACCAGACCCCAGCUCUAGUCGUCCUUAUCUGUCACUAAUCCCUGGUUAUCAUCUUACAGGCUUGUAACUGGAUGUCCUACCUGAGCUCUAACUGUAUUAUCAAGCCUAAAGAUCAAAAAACUGGAGGUUUCAUUAGUUUUUAUAUAGAAAAGCAUUAUCACAUUUGUCAAGUAAUUUAAGAAUUUUCUAAAAUGCCAACUAUCACAAGAGUUCCCAAAUUAUUUUGAUCUAGUAAUUUUAGGUAUAUGUAAAAUGUAAAUAAUGGAACAAAACUGAAAUCUUCCAAACGAGGGCGGAGGUUUUUAUUAAAUAAUGAUGCUGUGCUCUCCCCUCACCCUGGGUAAGCCCCAGGGCCAGGUUGAUUCCUAAGUCAUUAGAUGGUGGAUGUUCCACACAGGGACACACAAGAGGCAGCCUGACCCGUUGUUUGGAAAGAAUCUGUGAACAUUUCUGGUCUGUGAAUCGUACAUCACCUAAGAAAAGUCCACUUUUCCAGCACCAGCUCCCUGGAGCCCUCUCGACUGCACUUCCUGGCUCGAAGGCACUGACAGUGCUCAGUGCAGCCGGUGAUGAAGGGUGUGCUUAGAAACUGACCGCCCACCCACAGGGUACAGCAGCUGGCACAAUGCCAGCCCCACCCAGGCAGAGGGGGCUGCCCAAUGGGGCUGACAGGACCCCAGGUCAGCUCCCAGGGCAGGCAUGGUCUCCAGAGCCAGGCUCUCGCUUGGGAAGCUACUGUUCCCUAUGGAAGGUCUGGCCCCGGGUCUUCUCUGAGGGCUUUUGUCUGGGGUUUAUCAGGUCCGCAGUCUCCAAGCACCUUCCUCAGAUUUGAACAGCUUGUUAAGUUAGCACCAAAUAUCAGUGGCUGCAGGAGGCCACUGCACACCUGGAGCUGUGAACUCCCAUUGGAGAACCUCGGUUCCGCAGCCCCGAGUUGCAUGUAGCUCAUGUUCCAGCCCCCGGGUCCCCUUGUCAGUAGGGGGGCUGGAAACGCACCACAGAAAGGUUGCUCUCCAGAAACACGUCACACAGUACGAAGACUGCCAGCUUGUUAGCAAUCUGCAGUCGAAGAGCGGACCGAAGUGGCCACCUCACGUGUGCCAGCGUCAUCCUCCAGAAGGCAGUGACCUGCAGCUCACCUGCUACCAGCCAUCCCACUUGCACCAUUCCACAGGCCUCAGCCCGGUGUCCAGGCAAGGCGAGCACCUGGGCAGUGCGCUUGUGUGCAUGUGACAUGACCAAAGACCGCUCUGUAACCCAGGCCUUUGACCUAGCAGCGGUAACGUGCGUGUACUAAAGAUGGCUUCCUGCUGUCGGAAGCUAGUUUCAUAGCCAUUAAAGCACAGGUCAGAAGGACGGGUUGAAUUCUCACUGUGCGUGUGUGGUUUAGACUAGGGACUGUUGUCCAUCACAGUGCAGAGUAUCCCAUUGCCAAGAAAAACUCCUGGAAACACUCACCCCUCUUUUUCCCUAUAGUCUCAAAACAGUAGUACAGACCCUCCCCUGCACUGUACGUAGUUGUCAGAUCAACUUCUGGGGGCGGGUAGAUAAGAAUCACGCUGAAGCUUCUAGGGAGGCUCUGGAAGUGCAGGGGUGCGGUCAUCCUGUGCUUCCCUGAAACGUGCGAUCUCUUGUACAGGAUUCGCCACAUACCUACAGAUUCUGAAUUUGUGGAAUUUUUUGUGAAGUUAUGAAUAUUUUUGUAAUACUAAGAUAUUUGAAUUUCCUCUUUAAAAAGCCCAGGGUUCCGUGGCCCACGUACCCGACACUCGCUGCUUGCGAGUGCUGCUGAGGAGUAGUGGUAGAGGUGCUGCCCCAGCCGCUGCCUGCAGAAGGCACGGUCACAGAAAUGAGAUGGCGCCAGCAGGCCACGCAGGCCAGGCCCCAGUGGCGCACAGGAGCACCUUGCCCAUUUCAGUGACCAGAGCCAACUCGGGCUUCCCCUGCCCUUGCCCCCAGUCAUUCCAAGGCACCCAGCUGUCUUCAGAGUCCUUCCAGAAUUCCCACACUGACCCAGCCACAGCAGCUGACAAAGUGGCUGUCCCGCAGAUGAUGGGAUGGUCCCUACUGUCCUGAGACGGACCCGCUCUCAGGUGGCAGGGUUGGAAGUGUCUGCGAGGAACCCACACUGCAGCAGUCACCCUCCUGCCAUUUCUGCAGGCCAGGUGGCCGAGCCCCGGAAGCACCAUUUUUCACUGUACACGUGAAUGCUGCGCACUGGCAACAGAAUGCCAAACCAGUCGACCCACUGCCCCAGAGGAUACAGAAUUAGCCCAAAUGAUCUACGAACACAAACUGGAAGGUCAGGCUUAUCGAGGAGCACAGCCUGCAAGUUCACAAAUGUGAGUCUGGAGAGCGCCCUCGCUAUACUUCUGCUGUUCUUUUAAGUGACUUCAACCAAAACUGGAAAACAACAAUUAAAAUAUAGUCAUUGUUUUUCCUGGUUCAGUCCUUUAAUCACUUGCUCAUUGAACAAUCUUUCUGGGCUACUGUUAUUUGUGAAGUUACCGUGUGGCAAUAAGCAGGUCCAUGUUUCUUCCCCACUCGCCCUUUCUUGCAGUAUCUGAGAAAAUGCAUCGUUGCAAAGGUUUCUACGUGAAAUCUUUUAAGGCCUGUAAAUCAAAAAACUGCACAUGUUUACAAAAGAGCUUCAUCCUCCAUGCACAUACAUUCUCUGUGAACCGUGAUUGGAAGCACCGAGGUUUCGUGGCAGUAGGAUGACGGGCAGGUCCACAGGUGCUACCUGGACUCCAGCAACACAGCCACAGGGUAACAGAGCUUCAUGCCAACUGCUGAGACUAAGCUUUACCCAGGUGUAUAGAAUCCCCCAACAGAGCAAUUACCUCUCUACGUUAUGCUGUAAGGAAUCUUGCUAAAUUGGUAGGAAGAGGAAGCACUUAGGAAAGGGUUUAGUGUCUACCAAGAGUACUUGACCUCAAGCAACUUGUAGUGAUGCAAAAUGCUUUAAAAAGGAACCAAAGGCAUUGCCAAGUAUUUGCCAAAAGGAGGCACUUUUUAUUUAAAAUUUGAGACUAAUGAGAUCUCAAAAUACCAGUCCCAAAAAGGUAUUAUCCAUUUAAGGUUAUAAUUUUCACAGAGAUGUAGAUAUUCUCUAUUUUCAUGUAAAAUAGUUCAGAGUUGCUUUGUUGGUUUAAGAGUAGUACAUAUUCAAUAGUAAUACAGUUUUUUUCUUUUCCUUUCUCUGUAGGAAUUAGGUUUCUUGCUUGCAAUAGAAAUGCAGCGUGAUAGUGUUUCUCUUAUUUUCAUUGUCACGUAAUGUCUUAGCAUCUCACUUUGUGAAAAAAAAAAAAAAAAAGGAGAAAGAUACCAAUCUACAGAGCCCUGCCUAUUAAAGCACUAGUUUAAAAAAUAAAAAAUUAUGGCAGUCGGGGGUCCAUUCAUGUAUUGCCUUUCUGUUUUUUUUUAAACCAUGAUGCCUUCGUAUUUGCUGUUUGCACCCCUGAAACCAGUUCCACAUCAUGUCUGAAUGCCAUACAUUUUGCACAUGUACUGUACAUAGAUGAUGCAUACUGUAUUUUUAUAUGUGUGCACAUUUAUCAUCAGAUCUUUUGUACAUAGUGGCAGUAUCGUAGCUGAUCAGAAAAUGUUUGAUAUCUCAGCGAUUUUGCAUUUUUGUGUCUCAAAUAAAAAAAAAUUUUUGA